AUGUCGAUCGCCUCGGAGCCCACUCUUUACAAAUUCGUCGUCUGGGCUCCGGACAUGACGGAUCCCGAUGCGCUCCAGCGCCGCCUCUCUGUUCGCGAGCGGCAUCUGGCGAGGGCAACCGACUUGCACAAUUCUAAGCAAUGGAAGGUCGGAGGCGCGUUGCUCACGCCCGAGUCGAUCGCGUCUCCUGACGCAGAGAAGAAGAUGAUUGGAUCCAUGAUUAUUUGCGAGGCGGAGAGCAUCGAGGCUGUGAGGAAGAUGAUCGAGUCUGACAUCUACUAUACUUCGAAUGUGUGGGACAAGGAGAAGCUGCAGAUCUUCCCCUACUUGACCAGGGAUCUGUGA